AUGGGCGCACGGGAACUUGCGCGCUCGGAGCUCGAGCACUCGGACUCGGUCAACGACAUGCUGGCCGAGACGGCCUUUCCUGGCGGCAUGGACGACUUGGCGACCCUGGUGAUGCUCUUUGGUCGCAACCGGUUUAGCGCCAUUCGCCACCGCAUCAACGACGACGACGUGGACGACGACGACCUCGCCGCCACCAACAAGGAGGGACAUACGAUCCUGUCGCUCGCCGCCAAGUUUGGCCGCGUCGAUCUCGUGCGCCUCGUCGUCGAGAACACGCGCUUCUCGGCCAUUCCCGACUACGAAUGGGCACCAAUCGCGGCGGCCGUCGAGCACGACCGGUUGCCCGUGGUCGAGUACCUCUUUGCUAGCGUACCUGGCGCCAAGGACGCCACGUCGCCCUCGACAGGCGACUCGCUGUUGCACAUGGCGAUCCAGCACUUUUCGCACGACGUCUUGCGCUGGCUCUUGGAGCACUGCUCGACCAAAACUAUGAUCAACUUGCGCGGCGAGACGCUGCUGCAUCUUGCCGUCCGACUUAACAACGGCGCGGCCUUGAAUUGGCUCGACGCCAGCGAGUGGCAAGUCGACGCGCAGACCGCGGAUGGCAGCACGGCGCUGCACGUUGCUAUCGAGCAUCAUCUUGAGAACGAAGACAAAUUGGUGUCCAUUUUGCAGCUCUUGCUGUCGCGCAACGCAUCGGUCGACAUCCCGAACCACGCCGGUGUCUGCCCAGUCGAUUUGGCUUCGCAGAGUGUCCGCAUCCGCCGCCUCUUGCGCUCCGAGCCGAUCUUCCGCCGCGACUUUGCACUGCACUGCAUGGUCCGCAACGGCAAUGUCGCGUACGUCACUGGCUGGCUUGUCGAGAUGAAGACGACGCACCCCGAGCCCGCAGCAUAUGCACAAGCGAUCGCGACUGCCCUUGGCGCCACCGACAUGGACGGUCGCACGAUGCUAAUGUUUGCCGCCAUGGACUUCAACGCGCGGGACGGCCAAGCGCAGCUGUUCGAACUCCUUUUGCCGCUGAGCGACCCGGCAUCGCUCCAGCUCCGGGAUCACGAAGGCAAGACUGUCGUCGACUACCUCGUGGCGGCGGGCGUCACAUGCAUCGAAAACGCCGAGAACUGGUCCAACACCAAGCUCGUCCAGCUCGUCCACGCAGUGUGCCACCGCGGACAGCUACCGUACCCGAUGCGCAUGACGCAAGGCCUCCAGUCGGGCGCGACGCCGACGCAGUGCCCCGCGCUCUGUAAGUGGUCGCAUCACUCGUCGAAAAGCACAAGCCUCACCAAACUGGCGGCCGACGGUCGUUGGGACGAGCUCCAGCAGCGACUCGUAGCGACACUCGACUUUCCAGGCAUCAACGAGGUCGAUCUCAAGGGCUACGCAGUAUUGCACCACGUGUGUGCGCUUGGCGACAAAAGCACACUCAAGUUGCUCUUCCACCAGACGCACUUGGACCUGGACUUGCCAACGUCCAAGGAGAACAAGACGGCGCUGUUUCUGGCAGCCGACAAUGGCUACCACCGCAUCGUCCGCGCGCUACUUCACGCUGGUGCGAAUGCCAACGUCAACUACGCUCUUCACGGCGCGGCGCUGGCGGCCCGACGUGCGGCCGCGUCGGCCAGCUACAAGCUCAUUUACGACGUGUGGCAGGUCGCGCAAGAGUACCCGCUCUUUCAUCUUGUCCAUGUGCCCAAUGUGGAUGCGGUCGUCAAGCACCUUCAACAUAAGCAAACAGCCAUGCACGUCGCCAUGCUAAAGCCACAGCAGCGCAAAGUCCUCGACGAGCUUUGCAACGACGCGAUCGAUCUCGACAAGCAAGAUGUGGACGGCGAGACGGCACUCAUGGUGGCCGCGCGGCUCGGGCACAAGUCCAACCUCGAGUUCCUCUUGGGCCAAGACGUCGACAUGGAUCUCUGCAACCACGCCGGCGAGACAGCCCUCAUGCUCGCGGCCCUGGCCGGCCAUCUCCAUAUCGUCCACGUCCUCCUCGCCAAGCUCGCCGAUAUGGACGUCCUCAACGAGAACGGUCAAAACGUGGUGACUGUGGUCGAAAAUGAGAUUGCGAUCCACAGCGCAGCACCGACCGCCUUGUCGGCGCAGCUCGCGUCGAUCCUCACCGUGCUCCUCAAGGAGGCCCACACGCGGGAAAACUCGGCUGAGUACCGCGAGAAGGUCGCCCACCGUCUCGUGACCCUCUCAACCGACGACGCCUUCCGCACCGACGGCUUUGCCAAGGCGCUCACGUGCAACGCAACGCUUGUCCAAGUCUUCCUCAACGACUGCGUCCGCGUCGACCGGCACGAAGUGCAAUUCACCAAGCUCGACGCCGCGUACGGUGCCCGCGCCAAUCAGAGUGCACUCCACGCGAUCGUGAACCUCGAAUUACCCAACGCCGAGCUCACGUUCACGGCCAAGAAGGCGUGUCUGGAGCACGUCGCGUUUCGCCGUCUCCUGCAGAUCAAGUGGGAGCUCUUUGCCCAGCGCAAGUACGUUGAGCAGCUGCUCAUGCACCUGCUGCUGCUCUUCACCAACACGACGUCGUCGCUGCUCAUUGAUGACUUUGACGAUUCCAAGGCGCCGUCGUAUGCGUACCGCUGGUAUGUAUUUUACGGCGGGAUUGCGGCCGUUGUCUUUGUGGCCGUCGGGUGUGUCGUCGUCCAGGCACUGCGUCCACGCAUCUUUUGGCGGCUUGCGCGCUUCGUCUACGAUGGCUCGUUCGUGCUGGACCCGAGUGCCAAGAUCCCGGACCUCGCGGCCAAGAAGAAGCUCGUGCGCCGUCUUCUCGUGGCCCUCACCGUCACGGUGACACUCGCGGUGAUCACGCCCAUGUACGCUGUGGCGACCCUUCGCCACAAGACGCUGCCAACGUGGUUUGCCCCGUCCAACAACCUUGUGCUGUGGGCAACAGCAUUCUACUUUGCAGUCAACGAAGCGCGUGAGAUGCGCGUGGGGUACCGCAAGUACUUGGCGUCCCACACCAACAAGGUCCAGCUGGUCAUCUACCUCCUUAUCCUGACGGUCAUGGUGCCGAUGAAGUUUGGCUACCUCCCGUCGCCGUUCGCGCUCGAGGUCAUGGUCGGCGGUCUCAUCUCGCUCGCGCUUUGGGUCCUCUCGCUACAGUUUCUCGAGGUAGUGCACUCGGCGAGCUUUCUAUUGCCGAUGAUGGCCGACCUCUUUGGAGACAUUUGGAACUUCUUCAUCGUCUUCAACGUCUUCCAGCUCGGCCUCACGAUCACGUUCUACCAGCUCUUUAGCAAGCACGAGUUUGACGCCGAGCACCACGAGUUUUUCACGCUGCAGAGCAGCUUUAUCACGACGUUCUUUGUCGCGUUUGGCCAAGCCCCGACGUCGGCGCUCGAAGCCUUUGGCGACGCAGAGAAGGUGCUUUACACGUGCGCCGCGGUGCUCAUGAUGCUGCACUCGGCCGUCGUCGUCAUCAUCCUCCUCAACACGCUCAUCGCGAUGAUGAACAAGACGGUCGACGGCGGGCUCGAGAAGGCCAAGACCCAAGCGUUGAUCAGCUAUGCGCAGUGCAUUUUGCGCAUCGAAGAGGCGCGUGGGCUGGACGAGAGCGAGACGUUCGAGCUCCUUCAUCUCAGCGACGCGACACCGGCAGUUGUUGACGAGAUGUCGCCGCUAACGACCAAGCCACCGCCCUCCGAUGUGUGGCUCAACCCCAUAUUUACCGAGUCCAUCUCCAAGGUCGAGCUGGGGCUGAGCGCCGAGCAAAACGCGGCGCUGGUGCAGAGUGCGACGGACCGCGCGGCGUGGGCCACGUUACUGGCUGCGGUGGACACGACGAUCACCGAGCAGCUUGACUUUUUGCAGAGGGGCCUCGUGCAUGUGAGUCACUUUACGACGAUGGACGUGGCGACAGCGCUCCGUGCCGAGCUGGCGCUGGUCGAGAGCACGCGCCAGCAGCUGCUCGACAUUGUCGACGAAGCGCGCCGGAGCCGCGGCAUCUACCGGACCCAGGUGCUGGAGAAGAUGCACGCGCGCAUCAAGCGGCGCCUCGGCAAGCUCGAGGACCACAUGAAGCGGGCCGCGGACGUCUCGUCCGAGAUGGCCGAGCUCGAUGGCCACGGCGAGUGCGUCAUGCUGUACCAACUCGUGCAGGGCACGACCAUCUUUGACGCGGUCACGCCGGCGGCGCAUGCGAUUCUCACCGGCGUCGAAGCGCUUCUCGAUGAGAAGAUCCACGAAGAAGAGAGCGCGAUGGAGAAGGUCGAGCAGGUCAUGGAGAAACUCAACUCGAUCCUGAAGCGCCUCGAUACGCUGGAGCGAGAAGGCAGUGACGACGCUGAGGACAGUGACAAAGACGAGACUUAAAUACCGAAUGAACGAUGAUCAAAACGAUGCGCUGGUUACGAG